UUGAGAAGGAAGGGCAGUUAUUUUCUGGGAAGAAAGAGAGGAUUGUUUGGGGGUUGCAGGGAGAUAGUCUGCAGUUACUCCCUGUGAGGAGGAUUCUUGGAGCUGGUACAGCUAGAAAGAGAGAAGGGGAACUAGAGUGUAGGAAGCAGCCCAGGGAAGGGGCAGUGAGGGAAGAGAAAGGAAGUUUAAAGCUGCUGAGCUGAAGGUCCCUGGACUGGAACCUUGAGAAGAGGGCAGACCUGGGAUCCUCUAUGAGUCACUGAAGGAGUGGCACUAGGGCAGUGAAUGGGAAGAUUGCCUAGGACUGUGGAUGGCCUGUACCCUGGAAGGGGGAACACUGGGUGAGCUAGCCAGAGGGCUAAGUCAUGAAAGAGAUGCUGGGGGUCCUGGAGUGAGAGCAGAGCUGUUGACCAGAAGGAGAGAGAGAAUAGUGGUGUGCAAAUUGCAGAAGGGGGUGUCUACCUAAAGAGCUAAUCCUCAGAGUGACCAGGAAGGAGCACUAGACCAGUGGUUUUCGAAUAGUGCCUGUUACUUUAGGAUCUGAUCUUCAACUCCAAUCUUCUUGUCUUCUGUAUUUCAGAUAAAGCGAUUCGACGAAGACAUCCAAACACCUCUCUGUGAAAUGUUUUCGCAGUGCAUCCCCUGCUGAAAGUCUCCUCUAAGUUUCUUGCCAGUGCUCGACCAACACCUGAGGGAUCCUGAACAAACCUCAGAUUACUUCUUGCUUUUUAUUGCUAAACAAAUCUGGAGCUCUCUGUCACUUUGUGUGGAGUGGACAUCACCUACAAAGCCUGUUGAAUAGCGUGUUGGAGGUCCACCACCUUGGUGGUAGAGUGACCAGCCCCAGGAUUAAAGAUAAACUGUUCUGAAAAAGUUGAUUUUUUCUACCUGACUCAGAAUAAUGGAUAUAAAAGACCGAAGACACCGCUCUCUAACAAGAGGUCGCUGUGGGAAGGAAUGCCGCUAUACAAGUUCUUCAUUGGACAGUGAGGACUGCCGAGUACCAACUCAGAAGUCCUAUAGCUCAAGUGAGACAUUGAAGGCCUAUGAUCAUGAUACCAGAAUGCACUACGGAAAUAGAGUUUCUGACCUAGUUCACAGGGAGUCAGACGAGUUUCCAAGACAAGGAACUAACUUCACCCUUGCAGAACUAGGAAUCUGUGAGCCCUCUCCCCAUCGAAGUGGCUACUGCUCAGACAUAGGAAUACUUCAUCAAGGCUAUUCCUUGAGCACCGGCUCUGAUGCUGACUCAGACACAGAGGGAGGAAUGUCUCCAGAGCAUGCUAUAAGGCUGUGGGGGAGAGGGAUAAAAUCCAGGCGCAGUUCUGGUCUGUCAAGUCGUGAAAACUCGGCGCUUACACUGACUGACUCUGACAAUGAAAAUAAGUCAGAUGAGGAAAACGAUUUUCACACACACCUUUCUGAGACAUUGAAAGACAGACAGACAGGCUGGCAGCAGCUGGCUGAGACAAAGAACUCUCUAAUACGUCGUCCCAUUCCACCUACAUCCUCGUCUAGCCUUCUCCCAUCUGCUCAGCUGCCCAGUUCCCAUAAUCCUCCACCAGUUAGCUGCCAGAUGCCAUUGCUAGACAGCAAUACCUCCCAUCAAAUCAUGGACACCAACCCUGAUGAGGAAUUCUCUCCCAAUUCAUAUCUACUAAGAGCAUGUUCAGGGCCACAACAGGCUUCCAGCAGCGGCCCUUCAAAUCACCACAGCCAGUCAACACUGAGACCACCUCUCCCACCACCUCACAAUCAUACACUGUCUCAUCAUCAUUCCUCUGCCAACUCCCUCAAUAGGAACUCUCUCACAAAUCGGCGGAACCAGAUCCAUGCACCAGCUCCUGCACCAAAUGACUUGGCCACCACUCCUGAGUCUGUGCAACUUCAAGACAGCUGGGUACUCAAUAGCAAUGUUCCACUUGAGACCAGGCAUUUCUUGUUUAAGACAUCUUCUGGAACCACCCCCCUGUUCAGUAGCUCUUCCCCUGGAUACCCUUUGACCUCAGGAACAGUUUACACUCCACCUCCCAGACUGUUGCCUCGAAAUACUUUCUCCAGAAAUGCGUUCAAGCUGAAAAAGCCCUCCAAGUAUUGUAGCUGGAAAUGUGCUGCUUUAUCAGCUAUUGCUGCUGCAGUUCUGCUUGCCAUCCUGCUGGCCUACUUCAUAGCAAUGCAUCUGCUCGGACUAAACUGGCAGUUACAGCCAGCGGACGGACACACCUUUAACAAUGGGAUAAGAACUGGAUUGCCAGGGACUGAUGAUGUGGCAACAAUGCCAUCUGGAGGAAAAGGACCAUGGGCUACUAGAAACAGCAGCAUAGAUAGCGGGGAGGCAGAGGUCGGACGCAGAGUUACCCAGGAAGUACCACCUGGAGUAUUCUGGCGGUCUCAAAUCCAUAUCAGCCAGCCGCAGUUCGUGAAGUUCAAUAUCUCCUUAGGAAAGGAUGCUCUUUUUGGUGUUUAUAUAAGAAGAGGACUUCCACCAUCACAUGCCCAGUAUGAUUUCAUGGAGCGUUUGGAUGGGAAAGAGAAAUGGAGUGUGGUGGAGUCCCCCCGGGAACGUCGAAGUAUCCAGACCCUGGUUCAGAAUGAAGCUGUGUUUGUUCAAUACUUGGAUGUGGGUUUGUGGCACCUGGCAUUUUACAAUGAUGGCAAGGACAAAGAAGUAGUCUCUUUCAAUACAGUUAUCUUAGAUUCAGUGCAGGAUUGUCCACGUAAUUGUCAUGGGAAUGGCGAGUGUGUAUCUGGAGUCUGUCACUGUUUUCCAGGAUUCCAUGGUGCUGAUUGUGCUAAAGCUGCCUGCCCAGUUCUGUGCAGUGGCAAUGGACAAUAUUCCAAAGGAACCUGUUUGUGCUACAGUGGUUGGAAAGGGCCAGAAUGUGAUGUACCCAUCAGCCAGUGUAUUGAUCCCUCUUGCGGAGGUCAUGGUUCUUGUGUUGAAGGAAACUGUGUCUGCUCUGUCGGCUACAAAGGAGAAAACUGUGAGGAAGUUGAUUGCUUGGAUCCAACCUGCUCCAAUCAAGGUGUCUGUGUGAAUGGAGAAUGUCUCUGUAGCCCGGGCUGGGGUGGCCUAAACUGUGAACUUCCCAGAGCCCAGUGUCCAGACCAAUGCAGUGGGCACGGGACAUACCUCUCUGACACAGGCCUCUGUAGCUGUGAUCCUAACUGGAUGGGUCCUGACUGCUCCGUUGAAGUGUGUUCCGUAGACUGUGGCACGCACGGGGUGUGCAUUGGCGGAGCAUGCCGCUGUGAAGAAGGCUGGACAGGAGUGGCCUGUGACCAGCGUGUGUGCCAUCCCCGCUGCACGGAACACGGAACCUGUAAAGAUGGGAAAUGUGAAUGCAGAGAGGGCUGGAAUGGGGAGCACUGCACCAUUGGUAGGCAAACGACAGGCACCGAAACAGAUGGCUGCCCUGAUUUGUGCAAUGGCAAUGGGAGAUGCACGCUCGGUCAGAACAGCUGGCAGUGUGUCUGCCAGACCGGCUGGAGAGGGCCUGGAUGCAAUGUUGCCAUGGAAACCUCCUGUGCUGAUAACAAGGAUAAUGAGGGAGAUGGCCUCACUGACUGCCUGGAUCCAGAUUGCUGUCUCCAGUCUACGUGUCAGAAUAGCCUGCUGUGCCGUGGUUCACGUGAUCCUCUUGACAUCAUACAACAGAGCCACUCUGGUUCUCCAACUGUGAAGUCAUUCUAUGAUCGAAUCAAGCUCUUAGUGGGGAAGGACAGCACUCAUAUAAUUCCAGGAGAAAAUCCCUUCAACAGCAGUCUUGUGUCUCUUAUAAGAGGCCAAGUAGUGACUACAGAUGGGACUCCACUCGUUGGAGUCAACGUGUCAUUUGUCAAGUAUCCAAAGUACGGCUACACCAUCACUCGUCAGGAUGGCACGUUUGACUUGAUUGCAAAUGGUGGGGCUUCCCUAACUCUGCACUUUGAGCGAGCCCCAUUCAUGAGUCAGGAAAGGACGGUAUGGCUGCCAUGGAAUAGCUUCUACGCCAUGGAUACACUAGCGAUGAAAACUGAGGAGAACUCCAUUCCCAGCUGUGACUUAAGUGGCUUUGUCCGUCCUGAUCCAGUCAUCAUUUCAUCGCCACUUUCAACAUUCUUCAGUGAUGCUCCUGGUCGGAAUCCCAUAGUACCAGAAACCCAGGUUCUUCAUGAAGAAAUUGAGUUUCCUGGCUCCAACCUAAAGCUCUGUUAUCUGAGUUCCCGUACUGCUGGAUACAAAUCUUUGCUCAAGAUCACCAUGACCCAAUCUCUUGUGCCUCUGAAUCUAAUUAAAGUUCAUCUGAUGGUAGCAGUGGAAGGGCAUCUGUUUCAAAAAUCAUUCCAGGCAUCCCCUAAUUUGGCAUAUACGUUUAUCUGGGACAAAACUGAUGCAUAUGGUCAGAAGGUUUAUGGGUUGUCAGAUGCUGUAGUUUCUGUGGGAUUUGAAUAUGAGACAUGCCCCAGCCUGAUCUUAUGGGAGAAGAGGACAGCGCUGCUGCAAGGCUUUGAACUAGAUCCCUCAAAUCUAGGGGGCUGGUCUUUGGAUAAACAUCAUGUUCUUAAUGUCAAGAGUGGUAUAUUGCAUAAAGGCAGUGGAGAGAAUCGGUUUCUAACUCAGCAGCCAGCCGUGAUUACCAGUAUUAUGGGGAACGGGCGCCGAAGGAGCAUCUCCUGCCCAAGUUGCAAUGGUCUUGCAGAAGGAAACAAGCUUUUGGCCCCUGUGGCACUUGCAGUGGGAAUUGAUGGAAGCCUCUUUGUUGGGGAUUUUAACUAUAUUCGGCGCAUCUUCCCAUCUAGGAAUGUCACCAGUAUUUUGGAAUUAAGAAAUAAAGAGUUUAAACAUAGCAACAAUCCUGCCCACAAAUACUACCUGGCUGUGGAUCCCGUUUCGGGUUCACUGUACGUAUCAGACACCAACAGCCGACGAAUUUACCGAGUCAAAUUCCUCACUGGUGCAAAAGACCUGGCCGGUAACUCUGAAGUGGUGGCAGGGACUGGAGAGCAGUGUCUGCCAUUUGAUGAAGCCAGAUGUGGAGAUGGAGGGAAGGCAGUGGACGCAACCCUAAUGAGCCCUCGAGGAAUUGCAGUGGAUAAGUACGGGCUCAUGUAUUUUGUUGAUGCCACUAUGAUUCGGAAAGUUGAUCAGAAUGGAAUUAUAUCAACUCUGCUGGGCUCUAAUGACCUAACUGCUGUUCGACCACUAAGCUGUGAUUCCAGCAUGGAUGUCACCCAGGUGCGGCUGGAGUGGCCAACUGAUCUUGCUGUCAAUCCUAUGGAUAACUCGCUUUAUGUCCUGGAGAACAACGUCAUUUUACGGAUCACAGAAAACCACCAGGUUAGCAUCAUCGCUGGACGUCCCAUGCACUGUCAGGUUCCUGGGAUAGACUACUCCCUUAGCAAACUGGCCAUCCACUCUGCGCUGGAGUCAGCCAGUGCAAUUGCCAUCUCACACACAGGAGUCCUUUAUAUCAGUGAGACAGAUGAGAAAAAAAUUAAUCGACUACGCCAGGUAACCACCAAUGGAGAGAUCUGCCUCCUAGCUGGGGCAGCUUCAGACUGUGACUGCAAAAAUGACGUCAACUGUAAUUGCUAUUCUGGGGAUGAUGCUUAUGCCACUGACGCCAUCUUAAACUCCCCGUCCUCCUUAGCUGUGGCACCAGAUGGCACUAUCUACAUAGCUGACCUUGGAAAUAUCCGCAUUAGGGCUGUUAGUAAAAACAGGCCCGUUCUUAACUCUGUGAACCAGUAUGAGGCAGCUUCUCCAGGAGAACAGGAGCUAUACGUCUUCAAUGCCGAUGGCAUCCACCAGUACACCCUCAGUCUUGUUACCGGAGAAUAUCUGUAUAAUUUCAGCUACAGCGCCGAUAACGAUGUCACAGAGGUGAUCGAUAACAAUGGUAACUCCUUAAAAAUUCGUCGGGAUAACAAUGGAAUGCCACGCCAUUUACUGAUGCCUGACAAUCAGAUUGUCACACUGGCUGUCGGCACGAAUGGUGGACUCAAGGUAGUGUCUACCCAGACCCUGGAACUUGGAUUAAUGACUUACAAUGGAAAUAGUGGGCUCUUGGCAACAAAGAGUGAUGAAACAGGGUGGACGACCUUUUAUGACUAUGACCACGAAGGACGCUUGACCAAUGUAACACGUCCCACCGGAGUGGUGACCAGCCUUCACCGGGAAAUGGAAAAAUCUAUUACCAUCGAUAUAGAGAAUUCCAACCGGGAUGAUGAUGUAACAGUCAUUACCAAUCUCUCCUCUGUGGAGGCUUCCUAUACAGUGGUUCAAGAUCAAGUGAGGAAUAGCUACCAGCUCUGUAAUAAUGGCACUUUGAGAGUGAUGUAUGCCAAUGGAAUGAGUAUUAGCUUCCACAGUGAACCUCACGUCCUGGCUGGUACUGUGACCCCUACCAUAGGACGAUGUAAUAUUUCCCUGCCAAUGGAAAAUGGCUUAAAUUCGAUUGAGUGGCGCCUGAGAAAAGAACAGAUAAAAGGCAAAGUGACAGUGUUCGGAAGAAAGCUCAGGGUCCAUGGAAGGAACUUGCUGUCCAUUGAUUAUGACCGAAACAUCCGCACAGAAAAAAUAUAUGAUGAUCAUCGGAAGUUUACACUGAGAAUAAUUUAUGAUCAGCUAGGACGUCCUUUUCUUUGGCUACCCAGCAGUGGGCUUGCUGCUGUCAACGUUUCUUAUUUCUUCAAUGGACGACUGGCUGGACUUCAACGCGGUGCCAUGAGUGAAAGAACAGAUAUAGAUAAGCAAGGCCGAAUCAUAUCCCGCAUGUUUGCUGAUGGGAAAGUGUGGAGUUACACGUACUUGGAAAAGUCCAUGGUACUACUGCUUCAGAGCCAACGGCAGUACAUCUUUGAGUACGAUUCCACAGACCGUCUCCAUUCUGUCACCAUGCCUAGUGUUGCUCGGCACAGCAUGUCCACUCAUACAUCUAUUGGCUACAUUAGGAAUAUUUAUAACCCUCCUGAAAGCAAUGCUUCAGUGAUUUUUGAUUACAGCGAUGAUGGGAGGAUUUUGAAAACAUCUUUUUUAGGAACUGGUCGACAAGUCUUCUACAAGUAUGGGAAACUAUCCAAGCUGUCUGAAAUUGUUUAUGAUAGCACUGCGGUUACUUUUGGAUAUGAUGAAACUACUGGAGUUCUGAAAAUGGUUAACUUACAGAGUGGUGGCUUUUCUUGCACAAUCCGGUACCGUAAAAUCGGUCCUCUGGUUGAUAAACAAAUCUACAGGUUUUCUGAAGAAGGCAUGGUCAAUGCAAGGUUUGAUUACACCUAUCAUGAUAAUAGCUUUCGGAUUGCUAGCAUCAAGCCUAUAAUAAGUGAGACUCCUCUUCCUGUUGAUCUGUAUCGUUAUGAUGAGAUCUCUGGCAAAGUAGAGCAUUUUGGCAAAUUUGGAGUCAUUUAUUAUGAUAUAAAUCAAAUAAUUACUACGGCGGUGAUGACACUGAGUAAACACUUUGAUACCCAUGGGCGCAUUAAAGAAGUUCAGUAUGAAAUGUUCAGAUCACUCAUGUAUUGGAUGACAGUCCAGUAUGACAGCAUGGGAAGAGUAACAAAGAGAGAACUGAAGCUUGGACCUUAUGCCAACACAACCAAAUAUACAUAUGAUUAUGAUGGAGAUGGGCAGCUCCAAAGUGUGGCAGUAAAUGACAGACCAACCUGGCGUUAUAGUUAUGAUCUGAAUGGGAAUCUUCAUCUCUUGAAUCCAGGGAACAGCGUACGGUUGAUGCCACUACGCUAUGAUCUAAGAGACAGGAUUACACGUCUGGGUGAUAUGCAGUACAAAAUUGAUGAUGAUGGGUUCCUAUGUCAACGAGGCUCAGAUAUAUUUGAGUACAACUCAAAAGGUCUCUUAACAAGAGCUUACAACAAAGCAAGUGGAUGGAGUAUUCAAUACCGUUAUGAUGGGUUAGGGCGAAGGGCUUCUUGUAAGACUAACUUGGGGCACCAUCUUCAGUACUUUUAUGCUGACCUUCACAACCCAACGAGAAUGACACAUGUUUACAAUCAUUCCAAUUCAGAAAUUACUUCUCUGUACUAUGAUCUACAAGGCCAUCUCUUUGCAAUGGAAAGCAGCAGUGGAGAAGAAUACUAUGUUGCCUCCGAUAACACAGGUACACCACUGGCAGUAUUCAGUAUUAAUGGCCUCAUGAUCAAGCAGCUUCAGUACACUGCAUAUGGAGAGAUAUAUUAUGAUUCCAACCCUGACUUUCAAUUGGUCAUUGGAUUUCAUGGAGGGCUGUAUGAUCCUCUGACCAAACUGGUUCAUUUUACUCAGAGAGACUAUGAUGUUCUAGCUGGGCGUUGGACAUCGCCCGAUUACACAAUGUGGAAAAAUAUCGGUAAGGAGCCUGCUCCAUUCAACUUAUACAUGUUCAAGAGCAACAACCCUCUCAGCAAUGAACUUGAUUUAAAGAAUUACGUAACAGAUGUGAAGAGCUGGUUGGUGAUGUUUGGAUUUCAGCUCAGCAACAUCAUUCCUGGUUUCCCUAGAGCAAAAAUGUACUUUGUGCCACCUUCAUAUGAGUUGUCAGAGAGUCAAGCCUGUGAAAAUGGACAGCUAAUUACUGGAGUCCAACAGACAACAGAAAGACACAAUCAAGCAUUCAUGGCCCUUGAGGGACAGGUCAUCUCUAAAAGAUUACAUGCCAAUAUUAGAGAGAAAGCUGGGCACUGGUUUGCAACAACUACUCCCAUUAUUGGGAAAGGGAUCAUGUUUGCUGUGAAGGAAGGCCGCGUAACAACUGGCAUUUCCAGCAUAGCCACGGAAGACAGCAGAAAAAUUGCCUCUGUGCUUAACAAUGCUUACUACCUGGAAAAGAUGCACUACAGCAUUGAGGGAAAGGAUACCCAUUACUUUGUCAAGAUUGGCUCGUCUGACAGUGACCUUGUCACCCUGGCGAUGACCAGUGGGCGGAAGGUAUUGGACAGCGGAGUAAACGUCACAGUUUCCCAACCAACCCUCCUUAUCAAUGGAAGGACUCGAAGGUUUACGAAUAUUGAAUUCCAGUAUUCUACCCUGCUACUUAACAUACGGUACGGACUGACCCCCGACACACUGGAUGAAGAAAAGGCACGCGUGUUAGACCAAGCUCGACAGCGAGCCUUGGGAUCAGCAUGGGCCAAAGAGCAGCAGAAGGCACGGGAUGGCAAAGAGGGCAGCCGCCUAUGGACUGAUGGAGAGAAGCAGCAGCUUUUGAGCACAGGAAGGGUUCAAGGUUACGAGGGAUACUAUGUACUUCCAGUGGAGCAGUACCCAGAGCUAGCAGACAGUAGCAGCAACAUCCAGUUUUUAAGACAGAACGAAAUGGGAAAGAGGUAACAAAUUAACCUGCUGUCAUCCUCUGCUGGAUGAAUCAGUAGUCACAACUGUUAUCUCCUCUCCUAAGGAGAUGAAGACCUAACUGGGGGCACUAGGCUGAGCUACUUUGGGAUAGUAAAGUGGCAAGAAAGCUCACAUUUUUUGAGUUAAAUGCUACUGUUCAAGUGAUUAAAAACCACAUCCUGAAGUGGACUAAAGCCAGACUGAUAACUUUAACCAUACAAAUUAAAAAGUACCCCUAAAAUAUUACCCACUUGUUCUGGGUCUAAAGAAAAAAAAAGAAAUAAAAAUAGAAAAAAGGCCUCAUAUUAUAUUACCUCACUCCAUUCACACGUGAGCAAACUUUAAGAAAUUCAAGAGGGCCACCUUCUCUAGACCAGCUGAUGAAACAAAAAUGAUUCACACUGCUUGUUUGAUAAAUAUUCAAGAGGUUUUCGUUUAAAUCAAGAUACAGGUGCAUUUAAAACAUGACUUUGGGGUGAUUUGUGUGUAAUAACUGGAGGAAAAUGAGAAUGCGAGCAAAAGACCACUGGAAAUACUAAAUUAAAAGAUUAUUUAAAAAAUAACAAACCUGCACUUGCACUCAGACCCUGAAUUUGUCUGGCCUGAAGUUUAAUUUAUUCAAAGAGGGCAGAGUGUAAAGUUAAAUUCAAAAUGGUGGCUAUAAUCACUACAAAUAAAUUUCAUACUCUGUUUGUCUUUGAAGAUUCCAUUGUGGACAGUAUAACACAGUUACAGGGUGUAGUCUGUUUAGAUUCAGUAGUUUGUUGGUAUCAGUUCCAGUAGAGCUGUGGGCAUUGUGUUACACUAUUGCAAAUGGGCACCACUUCAGAUCACCCUGUACAUACAUCAGCCAGAAGGCACAAUCACUGUUUCAGAUUUUAAAAUUAUUAGUGUGUUUGUUUGGUCGAGAAACUGAGACAAUCACAUUAUGGUCACCACAAAAAAAUUAAAAAAAAAAAAAAAAAAAGCUAAGAACUUUGGUACAAGAACUUUUUUGUAAUAUACAUGUAUGAAUUGUUCAUUGAGUUUUUAUAUUAAUUUUAAUUUGCUGCUAAGCAAAGAAUAGAGACAGGCAAAGAUAAUUUAUGGCAAAGUGUUUAAAUUGUUUAUACGUAAUAAAGUCUCUAAAAC